UUGAGUAACUAUCAGUAAUGGCGUCUGAAACUUUUGUGCAACCUGCAAUUCCUCGUUUUGAUGGUCAUUAUGACCAUUGGAGCAUGUUGAUGGAGAAUUUUAUAAGAUCCAAGGAGUAUUGGCAUAUUAUAGAGGAUGUGGUUAAUGAACCAGUUAAUAGGGUUGUGUUAUUAGCUUUGACUCCUGAAAACAAGUCGAAGUUGGAUAAAGAAAGGUUAGCGGAUCUGAAAUUGAAGAACUAUUUGUUCCAAGCAAUUGAUAGGUCAAUCUUGGAAACUAUUCUUGACAAGAGUUCUUCAAAGUCAAUCUGGGAUUCGAUGAAGAAAAAGUAUCAAGGAACAGGGAAGGUUAAAAGAGCUCACUUACAAGCAUUAAGGUCAGACUGGGAAGUUCUGAGAAUGAAGGUAGGUGAAUCUGUUUCUGAUUACUUGGCUAGGGAAAUGUCAAUCGCAAACAAGAUGCGAAGCCAUGGUGAAAAUAUGGAUGACGUUGUUAUCAUCGAGAAGGUUUUGAGGUCCAUGACGUCGAAGUUUGAUUAUGUUGUUUUUUCGAUUGAAGAGUCACAUGAUGUUGAUACUCUUUCAAUUGAUCAACUAACAAGUUCAUUGAUGAUUCACGAGCAAAGAAUAAAUCAACAUGAAACUGUUGAACAAGCAUUGCAGCUGCAGCACUCCAACAAUGGCAAUUCUUCAAAGAAGAAGGACAAAGGAAAGAAACAUUGUGAUGAAAACUCUAAGGAUAAAGGAAGCAACAACAAAGGAGAUCAACCUUUCGACAAAUCAAAAAUGCAAUGUCGUCGAUAUAAGAGGUAUGGCCAUUUUGAAGUUAAUUGUCGAGUUAAUUUAUCUAAGAAGAAUGGUGAAAGGUCGAAUUUUGCAGAGAAAGAUGAUGAGACAGAAAUAAGUUUGUUAAUGGCAUGUCAUCACCAAGAAGAGAUUGAUCAUUGAAACGAUAUGUGGUACUUGGAUACAGGUUCAAGUAACCACAUGUGUGGAGAUAAAUCUUUUUUUAGUGAUUUGGAUGAAACUUUUAUAAGUACUGUGAAGUUCGGGGAUAAUUCUACUAUUGCUGUGAAGGGAAUAUGAGAUAUCAAAUUUCAAGCCAAAAACAACACUCAACAAGUCAUCUCAAAUGUGUUUUAUGUUCCUGGUUUGAAGAGCAAUCUACUAAGUGUCGGCCAACUCUUAGAAAAGGGAUAUGAACUGACUCUUAAGAAUGGAGUUUGCCGAAUUGAAGACCCGAAGAGAGGCUUAAUUACCCAGGUACAAAUGACUCGCAAUCGCAUGUUUCCUUUGUUUCUGAGAAAUGAUGUUCUUCCUUGUUUUUCUAGUAUAGUGAACAACCCAUCGUGGUUAUGGCAUCUUCGCUAUGGACAUCUGAAUUUCAAGGGUUUGGGGAUCCUAUAUCAAAGAGAUAUGGUGAAGGGAUUACCUCAAAUUGAUUUGCAAGAACAAUUGUGUGAAGGUUGUGUUGUUGGUAAACAAAACAGAGACUCGUUUCCUAAGGAAAGUAAAUGGCGAGCUAAGAAGGUGUUGGAGUUGGUUCAUACCGAUAUAUGUGGGCCGAUCACACCACUGUCAAACGGUAACAAGCGGUAUUUUAAUUUAGUCGCAAAACUUGGGGUUUACUUUUUGAAUGCAAAAUCUGAAGCUUUUUCUGUAUUCAAAGAGUUUAAGGUUCUUGUUGAGAAAGAUGCAGGGUGUCUCAUAAGACCUUAAGGUCAGAUCGUGGUGGUGAAUAUAAGUCUAAUGAAUUUGCUGAUUUUUGUAAGAAAGAUGGCAUCAAACGGCAAUUUACAGCAGCUUUUACCCCACAGCAGAAUGGUGUAGCGGAGCGUAAAAAUCGUACAAUUUUGAAUAUGGUGCGUAGCGUACUGUACACAUCUGGAGUUCCCAAGAAGUUUUGGCCUGAAGUUGUACAGUGGACUGUUUAUGUGCUGAAUAGAAGUCCUACACAAUCAGUUAUAAACAUGACUCCAAUCGAGGCGUGGAGCGGUGAAAAACCUCGUGUAUCACACUUGCGGGUAUUUGGUUGUAUCGCUUAUGCCCAUGUGACGGAUGAGAAGCGGAAAAAGCUUGAUGAUAAAGGGGUAAAAUGUAUUUUUCUUGGUUAUAGUGAUGUUUCAAAAGCUUACAAGUUUUUUGAUCCAAUAACAAAAAAAAUUGAUCAGUCGAGAUAUUGUGUUUGACGAAACUCGCUUCUGGAAUUGGAAGACUAAUGAUGUUGGUGAGUUCAUUCCAGUUGAAGAUGAUUUUGUAGGCAGUACAAGUCCAGAAAUCCAUACUCCUGUUAUUUCACCUCCAAGCUCACCAGAACCGCAGCACAUCGCAACACCAAAUGCUCCUACAGAACAAGGUUCUCCAUCAAGCUUACCUACUUCACCUGAGUCAGAAACUUCUCAACCAUCUGUUGCAACGUCAAGACCUCGUCGCACAAUUAAUAGACCUUCUUGGAUGGAAGAUUAUCAACUACAAGUUUCAGGUGAUGAUUCUUCUCAAAUUCACCUUGCUUUAUUUGCUGGCAGUGAUCCUGUGAGCUUCAAAGAUGUUGUUCAAGAUCCAAAAUGGCUUGUAGCUAUGGAUGCUGAAAUCAAAGCAAUAGAUAAGAAAAAUACUUGGGAGCUGGCAGACCUUCCGUAUGGUCAUAAACCCAUUGGUGUUAAGUGGGUUUAUAAAACAAAGUAUAACUCAGAUGGCAUGGUGGACAAGUACAAAACAAGGUUGAUUGUCAAAGGGUAUGCGCAAGAAAAAUGAGUCGACUAUGAUGAAGUGUUUUCUCCAGUGGCGCGGCAUGACACCAUCAAGUUACUUAUUGCACUAGCAGCUCAGAAUUCUUGGCCAGUAUUUCAGCUAGAUGUGAAAUCAGCUUUCUUAAAUGGGGACUUACAAGAGACUGUUUAUGUUGAUCAACCUCCGGGGUAUGUAAGAAAGGGAAGCGAGAAGAAGGUGUAUCGACUGCGCAAAGCCUUAUACGGACUGAAACAAGCUCCACGAGCUUGGUACAGUCGUAUAUAAGCAUACUUCAUCAAGAUGGGUUUUCAGAAAUCUCCACAUGAGCCUACAUUGUUUGUGCAAGCCAAACCAGAUGGGAAUUUUCUGGUUGUAUGUUUGUAUGUGGAUGACUUGAUUUACACCGAUAAUGAUCGUUUGUUGUAUGAAGAGUUCAAAGCAUCGAUGAUGGCGGAGUUUGAAAUGUCAGACCUUGGAAUGCUGCAUUAUUUCCUUGGUCUUGAAGUGGUGCAGUCCAGUGGAGGUACGUUUUUAUCUUAAAAGAAAUAUGUUUCUGAAAUAUUUGUGUAAAUUUCAAACGGAUACUUGCAAUUCUGUUCGAACACCUGCUGAGGUUGGAAUGAAGUUGGAGAAAGAUCCUCAAGGAAAAAAGGUGGAUAGUACAUUGUAUAAGAAGAUUGUGGGUAGUCUGAUGUACUUAACAACUUCUCGACCGGAUAUAACGUAUGAUGUUAGUCUCAUCAGUCGGUAUAUGGAAGCUCCAACUGAAAUGCAUCUGAAUGUCGCGAAGAGAAUCCUCCGUUAUUUAAAAGGUACUCCUGACCUUGGUAUUUUUUUUAUACGAAAGGUACCAAACCAAUUCUGCUUGGUUUUACUGAUAGUGAUUAUGCUGGAGAUCCCGACGAUCGACGUAGUACGUCGGGCUAUGCCUUUAUGUUUGGGUCUGGAGUCAUAUCAUGGUGUUCAAAGAAGCAACAAAUUGUGUCUUUAUCAACCACGGAAGCUGAAUACAUUGCAGCUUCCUCUUGCGCUUGUCAAGCUGUAUGGUUGAGAAGGUUACUCGCUGAAGUUCAUUUCCCUCAAGAUGGCAGCACCACAAUCUUUUGUGAUAAUAGUUCUACAAUUAAACUUUCAAAAAAUCCAGUUUUUCAUGGUCGAACUAAGCACAUUGGCGUUCAUUAUCACUUCAUACGGGAUCUGGUGAAUGAUGGAACAGUUGAUAUACAACACUGCAGAAGUGAAGAUAACCUUGCAGAUAUCUUUACAAAGCCUCUCAAGUUUGCUGCAUUUGAGAACCUUCGCAAGUUACUCGGAGUUUGUUCAUUCACUGAACAAGCAAACUAAUCUUUUAAACUGCUACUGUGAGUUCAGUUUAAGGGAGGGAAUGUUAGUACUUUUGAAUAGGUCUUUACUAGAAUAAGUCGUAUCUGUUAGUAGUCAGUAGUACUUCCUAGUUUGUCGCCAUUACUUAGUAGUGUGCCGUUGUUUCUGUUUACACGUUUCUUAGUAUCCAGCAUCUAUAAAUAGGUGUUUGUUUUUCCCUUAAAUUGUAUCUGAAGAUAAGCAACAAUACAAGUAUCUUCUUCUUCAUUUCUCUGUGUGUUCAGAAUUGGUUUCAUAU